AUGCUAAGAUCCGAAAUCAACGUUCGAACCGCGGUUGUCGUGGGAGUCUAUGGGGAGAAUACGGUAAUUUACAACCACAUGGUUGUAGACUUCGGAGUUCCGUACGAAAAGAACAGCUAUACUGCUCCGAUCGUAAAAGUGGAUCCUUUUGACAAUUGCAUGGAUAUUACUUCCAAUGUUACCGGCAAGAUUGGGAUUAUAAUGCGUUCUACGUUCGAUAAUUGCUCUCUAGCGAACCAAGUGUUUAAUAUUAACGACAAAGGUGCUAUUGGAGUUGUUGUGAUGAACAAUAUGUGUUUGUCAUCUUAUGACUAUCUCCAGAAAAUGAGCGAUUCCGACAGUGUGAACUAUAAUUACACGAUUCCUGUCAUUAGUGUUACAUGUUCCACAGGAAUGCGAAGGUUUACCAUCUUUGUUUCAUCGCAUGUAGUCACUGCGUUUAGCGAAAUUCAGUACAUUUUGCUAGUCAUCCUCAUCCUCCUCACUCUCUGGGGCGGGCUGGGCGUUGUCUACUCAUUGAAUCAGUGCGCGGCGUCGUAUCAAAAGCAUCGACGCCAGCGAUUUGUGGGAGCCAUCAAGAAGCGGCAUUUCAAAAAGAAACGCGUCAAGGAUGUCGAGGAUCUGCCGACUUGCAGCAUUUGCUUAACAGAAUUCCAAGAGCGGGAUGUGAUUAAGACUUUGCGCUGUAAGCACUUCUUCCAUGCGAGCUGCAUCGACCCAUGGCUGCUGAAUGAAAAGGCGGUCUGUCCCGUCUGCCGACAAGGCAUUUUUGAGAUUGAGGAGUGGAAUGCGUUAGAAGAGGGACAAAGUCACGACAUUGAUGUGGCGAUGUCUCUGGUCGAAGAGCAGCGAACCUGCACCUUUUCCAACCUGUUUAGUUUUGUGUUGUGUCUGUUUAUCAUCGGUUUCCCUUUUGCACUGUCCAUUAUGAAAUAA